UCGAUGGUUUGACACCUCUAAUAAAUAUGAAAAAAUUUCGUCGCGAAUUAACGUGCAUUAAAUGGAAUAAAUAGGCUGCGGAGCAAGAGGAAAACCAGUGAAUAGGGAAAAACGUACAUGAGCUCAGCACCUGAGGCAGAGGCAUUGCUUAAAAGUACCUUAACCCACUGCGAAUACCAGCCAACACACGCGCACACACCCACACACACGCACCUUCGUACGUCGUCCCCCACCAUCGCCCCCCAUUCGGCCUCGUCGACCAUCAGCCAUCGAUGAAAUAACAUACAUAACGUAUACCGAAAAUACAUAAGGCAAAACGGGCAUAUAGGGCAACGGAGUGAGAGUGGUACACAACAGCAGCAGGUGAACACUGAUAAAGGGAGACAAAACAAAGCCGAAUCAUGUCAGAUAUUAUGAAUAUCGACAGUAUUAUCUCGCGUCUGCUGGAGGUGCGCGGAGCACGUCCGGGUAAAAAUGUACAGCUGUCGGAGAGCGAGAUCCGCAGUUUGUGCCUAAAGUCGCGGGAGAUAUUUCUGUCACAGCCCAUUCUGCUGGAACUGGAGGCACCGCUGAAGAUCUGUGGCGACAUACACGGGCAGUACUACGACCUCUUGCGUCUGUUCGAGUACGGAGGAUUUCCGCCAGAGUCCAACUAUCUGUUUCUGGGCGACUAUGUGGAUCGCGGCAAGCAGUCCCUGGAGACGAUAUGCCUCCUAUUGGCAUAUAAGAUAAAAUAUUCGGAGAACUUUUUCUUGUUGCGCGGCAAUCACGAGUGCGCCAGCAUCAACCGCAUCUACGGGUUUUACGACGAGUGCAAGCGGCGUUACACCAUCAAGCUGUGGAAAACUUUCACAGACUGCUUCAACUGCCUGCCCGUGGCGGCCAUUGUCGAUGAGAAGAUAUUCUGCUGUCAUGGCGGCCUCAGUCCGGACCUGUCCUCGAUGGAGCAAAUCCGUCGCAUAAUGCGUCCCACAGAUGUGCCCGAUCAGGGCCUACUGUGCGAUCUGUUGUGGUCCGAUCCAGACAAGGAUACCAUGGGCUGGGGCGAGAAUGAUCGCGGUGUAAGCUUCACAUUUGGAGCGGAGGUUGUGGGUAAAUUUCUACAGAAGCACGAGUUCGACCUCAUCUGUCGUGCCCAUCAGGUGGUGGAGGAUGGCUACGAGUUCUUUGCCAAGCGGCAGCUGGUCACGCUCUUCUCGGCGCCCAACUAUUGCGGGGAAUUCGACAAUGCGGGUGCCAUGAUGUCCGUUGAUGACACGCUGAUGUGCUCCUUUCAGAUAUUAAAACCCGCCGAUAAGCGACGCUUUGUGUAUCCCAAUUUCGGCAGUUCGGGUCGUCCUCUGACACCGCCCCGUGGCGCCAACAAUAAAAACAAGAAAAAAUAAGCAGCCACGCCGCACGAGCACACUGCACAAUAGAGACGGCCAACACACAACCCAACUCGCAAGAGCAUUGGGUGGUGGUGGGAUGGGUAAAAAGGAAAGGCAGAACGAGUCCAGAACUGGAAGCGCAAAGAGUUUGUUUUUAUCGAAUAUAUAUAUAUAUGGAUGUGUAAUCGAAUCGAAUCGUGAGCAACGUUAUAUGGGGUAUAUGAAUCUAUACAAAUUAGCCUAUUUUUCAUUUGAAAAACGAAAAACAAAACAACAACAAAACGAAAAUCGAAACUAAAAAAAUUAAACCACACAAAUCGAGAGACACUUUAGUUCAAACUAAUGGUAGUGUAAGACACUGCAUAAGCAAAAGGCAAGGCAAUGAUGGAGGAAUGAAUAUUUGUAUCUCCUAUAAUGUAUUAAUUGUGUUAUAGUUUUUUUCCCUUUUCGCAAAAAAGCAAAAGCAACAAACACACACAAACACAAACAAACACCAUGCAUAGCACAGGUACACACGGUAUACAGUAGGUACAUAGAGUGCACGCACCAGUUGUAUUUUAUUUCGCAUUUUUUAUAUAUCUCGCAAAGAAUUUUUUCUAUCGUCUUUCUACUACUAUCCUUCACACCUUUGUAUGUUUUUUUUUAUAUUACUUUUCUAUCUAGCAAAACGAAUGUUAGCUCUGUACGGGGAAUAUGCUUUUAAAUAUGUGUGUGCGAGCCAAACUACAUAUUACAUAUGUACUCGAAAGCACGAAUCUAUAUCUAUCUAUAUAUUUUUGUAAUAUUGUCUUAGAAAAACUCUACAUCAUAUACUACAUGUUUACUUAGUUUUAAAAAACAAAGUGAGGAAGCAAUUUUUUUUAGUUGCAAUCUACAUAAGUUUCAAUUGUUUACACCAAAAAUAUUAAAAUAAACAAACAUUGUGUA